UGAACUGCACUAGUUUGCGCAGGCGGACACGAUUUCUAAACGGUGCGCAGCGGCCGCUGGCGGAAGGAUUGGAGCGUCGAAGCGCGGUGAGGAGGCGAUACGGAGGCUGCGGGGACGGCGGCGCGGUGCGGCGUCGAAUCAAUGAACACAGAGUCCGUAAAAUAAUAAUCGCGCUCCUCGGUCCCGCACAAGAACUCCACAUUCGGGGCGCACCAUCCCCCCGGCAACAUGGAGAGGAAAAGGUGGGAGUGCUCGGCUCUCCCCCAGGGCUGGAAAAGGGAAGAAGUGACCAGAAAGUCGGGUUUGUCCGCUGGCAAGAGCGAUGUCUAUUACUAUAGCCCAAGUGGGAAGAAGUUUCGGAGUAAGCCACAGUUAGCCCGGUACCUUGGCAACUCUGUGGACUUGAGCUCCUUUGACUUCCGUACUGGCAAGAUGCUAAUGAGCAAGCUGAACAAAAAUCGACAGAGAAUGAGAUAUGAUUCUAAUAACCAGGCCAAGGGAAAGCCUGAUCUAAACACUUCUUUGCCAGUCCGACAAACCGCCUCCAUUUUCAAGCAGCCUGUUACAAAGGUUACAAAUCAUCCUAGCAACAAGGUCAAGACAGAUCCCCAGAAGGCCAUUGAUCAGCCCCGGCAGCUGUUCUGGGAGAAGAAAUUAAGUGGCCUCAAUGCAUUUGACAUUGCAGAAGAGUUGGUGAAGACUAUGGAACUUCCCAAAGGACUUCAGGGAGUUGGACCAGGCUGUACAGAUGAGACGCUUUUGUCUGCAAUUGCCAGUGCACUACAUACCAGUACAGCACCCAUCACUGGACAGAUGUCUGCUGCAGUCGAGAAGAACCCUGGAGUCUGGUUAAACACGACUCAGCCUCUUUGCAAAGCAUUUAUUGUAACGGACGAGGACAUUAGGAAACAGGAGGAGCUUGUUUAUAAUGUACGGAAAAAACUGGAAGAAGCUCUCAUGGCAGAUAUGCUGGCUCAUGUGGAGGAGGCAUCCUGUGAUGGGGACAUUGCAAAGGAGGAUGAAGAUGAGACAGAAGAUAUGGAGGAAGUAUAACCAAGGGCCUUGUGGAACGUGGAUUUCCUGAUCCCACAGAAGACUCACCAGGACACCAGCUUUCCUGUGGCUUACAAGCGUUGUACACGCAGGUGCUAGAGGACCUGGUUUGCACCAUAUUUACUUGGGACACGUUCCCUGUUGUUUUUUUUUUUUUUACAAUGACUUAAUUAUAACUGUUAAGAGAAAAGAAGCUCAAGAACAACAAGAAAGUACACUGCUGAUCUGACUAUAACUUGUUUUUAAAAGUGGUUUUACACCUCCUGUUCUAAGCUGAGGUGUUGGUACAGAGGCAUGCCCAGUGGUGGUUAGCCACUUCACCCAGGCUCCAAUCCCAUUUGUACCUCAUUUUGUUUACUUCCCAAGAAAGGAGCAAAAAAAAAAAAAAAACCUUUAAAAGGACUUUAUUUAAAAUAAAAGGAUCCCUGUCUGCUGAACAUGGUCUUGAAAUAGGUAUCAUCUUGUACGUUUUGUCGUCUUAAUCUUUCUACAAGGUUACAGUGUAAAUAUUUUAAGCUGAUGGAAGUAAUGUGGCUUGAGUGGAUACUACCUAAAUCUCUAAAAGCUUGUUUUGUGUGUUUUAAUUUUUCUGUAUUCCUCAAACCUUUGUGUGAAUGCUUGGGUCCCACCUCUAUUGCUAUGCUUUUUUUUUUUUUUGUUUUUAUAAUAAAUUGGGUCAAGAUUGAUAUAAUUGAAUGAACAAGAUGGAAAAAAGGAACUCCCCUUUUGAGCAGCUGGAAUCAGUCCUUUGCAUACUUCAUUAUAACAUAAAGAUCUUUGUAAGGGUUGAAAUGUCCUGCUUAAUACUGUUGGAUUUUUUUUGUAAAGUUAUGUUUCGAUUCUA